CUUGGAGUUGGGUAAUCUGAUUGUGUUCCUUGUAUCACACAUGGGAACAUUUACUGUAACGGGAUUCACAAACAGAUAACAAAACCAAACCAAAGAAAGCUACGAUGAUUCCACACUCCUCGUGAUUAUUUAUACACACUGUCUCUUGUUCUUGCUGCCUCUCAUGGCAUCAACUACUCUCUUCAAUUUCAGGCUCUCUCUUUUGCACCAUCAACGGUUAGAGAGUUCAAAAGCUUUAGUAGUCUCCUCCUCUCGCAUCAAUCCGCGCUUCGUUUCUUCCAUCAACGAUCACUUAGCUCUCACAUGCGUCACAUAUCCGCUUCUUGCCUCUUACUCUGCUCCUAAGCCCAGAUUCCAAGUUGGAGUGCAGAAGGAGUAUUCUGCUGGUGGAGAGGAAUCUGAGUCGCUUGUUUCUGAUGCAACAUACCAAGAGCAAUUUUCUUGGUCUUCUGUGAUUAUUCCGUUUCUGUUCCCUGCAUUGGGUGGCUUGUUAUUUGGUUAUGAUAUUGGUGCCACCUCCGGUGCUACAAUUUCACUGCAGUCACCUGAACUUAGCGGUAUAACUUGGUUCAAUCUUUCUUCCAUUCAGCUUGGACUUGUGGUCAGUGGAUCCCUAUAUGGGGCUCUUCUUGGCUCACUACUUGCAUAUAACAUUGCUGAUUUCCUUGGGAGGAAGCGACAACUUAUUGCUGCAGCCCUAUUGUAUGUGCUUGGUGGUGGGAUUACUGCUUAUGCACCAGAACUUGGUGUCCUCUUAGCAGGAAGGCUGCUUUAUGGACUUGGUAUAGGUUUGGCCAUGCAUGGGGCUCCUUUAUAUAUUGCAGAAACUUGUCCAUCACAAAUCCGUGGGACUCUAGUAUCAUUAAAAGAACUCUUCAUUGUCCUGGGGAUCCUGACGGGUUAUUUUGUGGGAAGCUUUCAGAUUAAUACGGUUGGGGGAUGGCGGUUCAUGUAUGGAUUUAGUGCUCCCCUUGCUAUAGUAAUGGGGCUUGGAAUGUGGAUUCUCCCCCCCUCUCCACGGUGGUUGCUUCUCAGAGCAGUACAAGGAAAAGGUUCUUUUCAAGAUUUGAAGGAAAAGGCAAUUUUUUCUCUCAGCAAAUUAAGGGGCCGACCACUUGGUGACAAAGAAUCUGAGAGGCAAAUAGAAGAGACCCUUGUUUCAUUGAAGUCUGCCUAUGCAGAUCAGGAAUCAGAGGGGAAUUUCCUAGAGGUGUUUCAGGGUCCCAAUCUGAAAGCCUUCAUAAUUGGUGGGGGGCUAGUCUUAUUUCAACAGAUAACAGGUCAACCAAGUGUUCUGUAUUAUGCGGGACCAAUUCUUCAGAGUGCUGGAUUUUCUGCUGCAUCUGAUGCUACUAAAGUUUCAGUUGUUAUCGGCUUAUUCAAGUUACUAAUGACAUGGAUUGCUGUCCUAAAAGUUGAUGAUUUGGGGAGAAGACCUCUACUGAUUGGAGGUGUCAGUGGCAUUGCCCUUUCUUUAGUUCUCCUUUCUGCUUAUUAUAAAUUUUUUGGAGGGUUCCCAGUUAUUGCUGUUGCGGCUUUACUUCUUUAUGUUGGUUGCUACCAGAUAUCAUUUGGGCCAAUAAGUUGGCUUAUGGUAUCAGAAAUCUUCCCACUUCGCACUCGAGGACGAGGGAUUAGUCUGGCUGUUCUUACCAACUUUGCUUCAAACGCUGUUGUCACCUUUGCAUUCUCGCCAUUAAAGGAGCUUCUGGGAGCAGAGAACCUUUUUCUCCUCUUUGGGGCUAUUGCUUUAGUGUCACUUCUGUUCAUUAUAUCUUCUGUCCCGGAGACAAAAGGUUUGAGCCUAGAAGAUAUAGAAUCCAAAAUCUUAAAGUGACAGCUUAAACUAGCAUCUUUUGAUGUGAAUGCAAUAUAUCUUGGUGAGUCUGCCACCUUUGUGUAUAUCUUCUGUGUAGAUUUGAUGGUCAUUGUAAUGUUUGCAACAAGUUGAUUAGAUUUUUAAUCUCUAACAAGAUACUCAAAUCACAUAAUGGUUCUGACUUCAUGAUUCAAUUGCCAUUAACCAAGAGGAUUGACAUACGAAUGUGAGGACCUAUAA